GUAGUGUGUGGCGGGGCCGCGUGUGGCGGUUGUGGCGCGCAGCCCUCAGACGGGAUGGAAGCGCAGGGGGAGGUGAUGGCGCAGCUGCGGAGCCUGGGGUUUGAAUCCUCCACUGCUCGCCCGGCGUCUGGCGAGGAGCAGGCGGAGACGACGGAGGGGUUGCCGGGCGAGAAGAGGGCGGCGAGCAUGGAGGAGUUGCCCGUCGGGGAAGCAGUGGUGAGGAUGGAGGAGUUGCCGGGCGAGCAGAGGGCACCGGUCGCUCCGAGCGGUAGGAAGGUCGCUGGGGAAGAGCGAGCCCCAUCGCCCCCCGCCGAAGGAUCGCGCUGCUCCCCGCUGCCUGCGGGACCCAACGAGCGUCCUGCUGCCGCACCCUCUUCGGACUCGGAGAGUGAUACGGAUUCAGAUAGUUCAUCAACUACAUCCUCUUCCUCUUCAUGUUUGUCUUCAGCAGUAUCUGAUGAAGAUGAUCACACAAAUGAGAAGGAUAACAUAUCUUACUGUGUUAAAACAAAAGAUGAAUUGCCUGUUAAUGAACUGCCUCCUGUUGAAGAUUUAUCAAUAAUUCUGACUGAUGAUGUUGAACUAAAGCUCUUUGGGACAGUUUCCAGCAUCAUUGAGCAACUAGUAAUAAUUGAAUCACAGAAAGGCCUACCUCCAGUAAAUGAGGAAAGCAUCAUUUUUAAAGAAGAUCGCCAAGCAGCAGGAAGGAUAUUUGAGGUAUUUGGGCCCGUUUUACAUCCCUUUUAUGUGAUAAGAUUUAACAGCCCUGAGCAUAUCAAAGCAAAAGAUAUUAAUGUGCAAGAUCGUAUGUAUUUUGCUCCAUCAGUGGAGGACUUCACCCAGUAUAUAUUUGCAGAGAAACUAAAACAGGAAAAAGGUUCAGAUGCAUCUUGGAAGAAUGACCAAGAGCCACCACCUGAAGUUUUGGAUUUCAGUGAUGAUGAAAAAGAAAGAGAGGCAAAGCAGAAGAAAAAGAAGCCUCAAAACCAAGGAAAGAAGAAACUCAGAUCAGAAACAAAUGCUACAAGUGAGGACAGAGGGCAUUAUCAGUCCAGGCAACCGCCUGCUUCAGGUUAUUCAAGGGGAUACCAUAGCGGGUUCUCCAGGGCUCCUUGUCCUCCUCCAUCAGGCCCACCAGGCUUUUUGAGACCACGAGUACAAUCUCCACAACUAUGCUCCUCAGAAAACAGAAUACAUCAGGAAUCUCCAGUGUUUCCACAACCUUAUAGAAGAGAGAAUCCAAUGAUGCAACAGUACACCUUUCCUCCUCCAGCUUUUGGUUCUGUUAAUGAUAUGCAUCAAUUCCAACUUCCACCUCCAAAUCCGAAUAUGCUUUGGACAGGCCCAAACAUGUACAACUCGUACCCGUUUUUACCGCCUCCGCUGCCACCUCCUCCACCUCCUCCAGAUAGCUAUCAGUUCAGGCCUUGCUAAGUUUCCAUAAAGGUGGAAUAUAAAGGGAGGAAAAACAGGCUUCCAAGCCUGUAUUCCCUUGUGUUGGAAAUGCUUUGUUUUUCUGUGACAGCAGAACAAAUGCAGAGUUUGAUACUUUGUGGGACAUACAUAGAAAGCUGGUUUUUUUCUAUAUAUAUUUUCUAUUUCAAAAAAGAAUACUAUAUGAUAAAAAGAACUGGACAGUAAAUAGUGGCUUAUUUUUAUAGUAUCUGCCAGUUUUGGAUGAUAAAUGAGAACCUGUUGAACACUGGUAUGUAGUGGUGAAAGUUUAUUUUGUAGUAAAUUUGUAAUAAAUUUAAGAGAGUAUUGCUA